AUGGUAUUUCGCAAUAGGUUUUUCGCAAUAAGCAUUGCAGCUAUUCGGACAAUCCCGUGUCCUGCACCAAGUCUCUUUCAGUUAUAUGCUGACACUCCAAGCGCUUAUAACAAUGUGGAUCACGACUCAGCAAAGUUUCCAUAUGUACAAAAAUGCGACUGCUUGAUUCGGUCAUUUCACGGCUCAUUGUGUUACAGCAUCGCUAUACCUGUCUCGAAUCCAAAUUGGAACCAGGCAGCUCUCUGCGCUGUUGAAUUUCUUAAAUUUGACAAGAAGGAUCAUACGUAUUUUGGCAUCCUGAAAUUGCAUAGAUCUACAUAUAUGUUAAGCAUACUCAGCUGA